GAGAGAAAGAGAGAAAGAAAGAAAGAAAAGAGGGGGAAGAAAAAAGAAAAAAAAAAGAAAUAUCGGCGGGCGCGGCGCCAUGUGAGCGGCGGGCCGGGGGGGCCGGGCGGAGCAGCGGCCUUCUCUCGGGACGGCGGGGGGAGCCCUGGGAGCCGGCGGCAUGGUGGGGACCCCCAGCCUGGUGGCCAAAGCCGCCCCGGUGAGGGCCACCCCGCGACGGGACGGACCGGAGGGGCCCCGGGAGCGCGGGGGUCCCGCUGGGGACGGGAUGGGGUGCCCGGGAUGGUGGGAUCCCGGUGGGAAAGGGGGUCCCCCCUCUCUCCCCCAGUAGGACGCGGUGCCCCGGGGGGGAAAGAGGGGAGGGGGUGGCUGGAGCUGGGGGUGGGAGCGGGGAGGGGUCCCCGGUAAGACGCGGUCUCCAGUGGGAGCGGGGUGAGGGUCCCCGCACGGAGCCGUCCCGGGAGGGACCCUCGGGGGGGCGCGGGGAGGGGUCCCGGGGGCUUCACCCCCUCCCCCCUCCUUCAACUUUUGGGCACGGCCCCCGGGGUGGCUAGGGGGGAGAGAGAGGGUGGGGGUGCUUCCUCUCUCCUCCUCCUCCUCCUCCUCCUCGGCCGUGCCCUGUGCCCGCAGCCGGCUGCCCCACCGCGGGGGUCCGGGCUGCUGGGGGGGGGGCUGCGGCUGGCGGCGGUGAUGGAGAGCCUGCAGCGGCAGCAGGCGGCCCGCCUGGCCCGCAGCCCCGACGGCGAGCCCCGACGGCCCCCGGCCGAGCCCGCUCCGGUCCCCAGCCCCGCUCCGCCGCCCUCCGACACCGGGCAGGAGGAGGAGGAGGAAGAGGAGCCCCGAGACCCACCGCCCCCCCCGCAUCACGAGUGGACCUAUGAGGAGCAGUUCAAGCAGCUCUACGAACUGGACGAGGACCCAAAACGCAAGGAGUUCCUGGAUGACCUCUUCAGCUUCAUGCAGAAGAGAGGGACAUCCGUGAACCGCAUCCCCAUCAUGGCUAAGCAAGUGCUGGACCUCUACACUCUGUACCGGCUGGUGAUGGACAAGGGCAGCCUGGUGGAAGUCAUCAACAAGAAGAUCUGGAGGGAGAUCACCAAGGGCCUCAACCUACCUACCUCCAUCACCAGCGCUGCCUUCACCCUCCGCACGCAAUACAUGAAGUACCUGUACCCCUAUGAAUGCGAGAAGCGGGCGCUCAGCUUGCCUGGGGAGCUGCAGGCUGCCAUUGACAGCAAACAGCGGGAGGGAUGGAGGCAGACUUUCGGCACUGUGUUCUUCAACUACUCAUCCACCGGCACUCCAACCCUGCUGGGCUCCCCCAAAAUGCCUCUGCCGGCCCUCAGCAUCUCCACGCACAGUUGUGGCCAGAUGGGCCAAGUGCAUGGCGUGAAGAAAGAGGAUGGCAUGGUGCCGGCGGUGCCUGGGCGCAUUGCCAUCCCGGUGGGGCUGGCCAGCCUUGCAGCAGCUCAGGCAGUGGCAGCCUCGCAGGUGGCGGUGCUGGAACAGCUGCGGGAGAAGGUGGACACAGGGGAGCCCCCAGAGAAGAAGGUGGCCCUGACAGCAGAGGAGCAGCAGCAGCUGAUGCAGCAGGCUCUGCAGCACAACCUCCUGGCCAUGGCUUCCCAGUUCCCCAUGAACAUCAAGGUCUCCAACCAAGAUGACAGACAGGAGACUGCAUUGAACCUGUCCACCAACAGCAUUAGCAGUAUCAACAUGUCAAUAGAAAUAAAUGGAGUUGUCUACACAGGUGUCCUGUUCUCCCGCCAGCCCGCAGCCCCCCCAGCACCCGGUGGAGGGGGCACCCAGAGCCAGCUGAACCCCACAGCCAUCCCAAACCCACUGCUGCUGGCCCCCUUGCACAGCCACACUCCCGCCAGCGCCGUGCCAUAGGGGCAAUGAUCCCUGAAGCGGACGGGGUUCCUGAGGGGGGUGGGGUAGGGGCUGCACGCCUGGCCGUGGGGCAGGGAUGUGCCCAGCGGGGUCUGGGGGACCAAGGGUGGCACGUGGUGCCGAGCAGAGCUGUGGCCAUGCAAAGCCAAUCACCCACGGGGCCCUUUUGUCCCUCACCCCCAGGUGUGGGGCCCCUUGCCUGCAUGUACCCCCAAAACAUGCCUUCUGUGACCCCCCUGAACAGAUCCUGUGGGCCUGGGCACCCUUGCACUCUGCAGCCGCUCUGAGCACCUCAAUGCACUCGCUGUGAUAAAUUAGUAGGGGUUUGUUCAUUGUCCUUGAGAAUUUAAAGAAUCUACUGAGGAGAUAAGGUUUCACAACUGACAGCAUUGUAACAUGGGGACAAAUGGGGAAGGGGGGUUGGGUAAACAUCCCUGUUAAAACAAAGAUUCUGUAAGAUACCACCCAUCCACCGCAAGACAUCUUGUUUUGCCCCCACCUGAACACAAGCACAACGCAUGAUCACUGGAGGAAGAAUAACGACCCCCAACAACAGACUGCGCAGCCUCAGAACAAGUCUCGACAAUUCGACAAGGCGACAGGUCUCGACAAGUCGACAGGUCUCGACAAGCCGGAACUUCAAUGCUAUAAAACAGCGACACUGGAAAGGGGAAGUUGCAUGCCGUGGUGGAGCGGAGACUCCCCAGCCGCCCAGCGCUGUUUUGUUUGUGUCUGCUUACUUGAUUAAUAAAAUAAUUUCAAUAGACCAGAAAAUUGUGUGGUCUAAUUUAUAACAAUUUGGUGCCGUGACUCGGAUGAAGGCAAUCUGAUUGAAAGACCUUCGGAGGGGGCGCCCCGCUCAUUUCAGCGGCCUUCGCUAGGACUACUUUCAUUCAAAUCCUUCACCGACGAACCCAAAAUUAGACACAAGCAAAUAAAACCGGUAAACUCCAGGCAACCUUUGUGCACAAAGCCCGAACGAAGAUCCACGGGAUGGGUAAGUAUAGGCCGGUGAUCCGUUCGGUUGGGGUUGGGUAUCCCGGAACACAACAAACGAGACAUCCAAUUGCGGACGAUGCGAGUGUGGACCCCUUGGUAGUGCGGUUCCCACAUCCCGCGAGGGACUGGGCCACGAAAAGGGGGAAGCGAUCCGUGUGUGUGUGUGUGAAGGUGUUCCGGAAGAUGGGACAGAAGAAGAGUAAGCCUUCUGGUCCCAUGGGUGGGGUAACGUCUGAUGUUAGGUUACCCCGGCAUUAAUGAUGAAAAAUUGGCAGGAUUCCCCUUUUAGGCAGGGAAGGAAUAAAGUAAAAAUGAUACAUAAUUGUGUUGAAGUUUGGGGUGGUAAACAGAUUCGAGGAGACCACCUUUACUGGCCUGUAUUUGGGUCUUUUGAAGAUUGGGUUUGUCAGGCCUAAAUAUUUAUGUAAACUCAAAGGAACCCUUUAGUCUGGAAGAAAGUGAGUAUGCGCACCUCUGGAUAAAUUCAGAUACGAGGAUGCAUCUAUAUCCUCUAAAAGAAAAAGGAGGGCGGGAUAAAAAGAGAAAGGACUUGGAAGUCCCAACACCGCCCCCACCCUAUAUUCCACCGCCCGCACCAAUGGCUCCCGUCCUUAAUGGACUCCCCGAAUUAGCUAAUCCAGGAGAAUCAGAAUUGGAUCA